AGGGAGUGUUGUGCGCGCGCACACGCUCAACCGCGAGGCAACGGUGGCAGUCUUAAGCAUCCCGGCGUUGUGAUCGGUCGCGUUUGGUGGAGAGAGGAUCAUCAUCAUCAUCAUGUCGCGCUGUGGUGCCGUACGAUCGUCUUCUGUGCGCCGUACCUGAGGGGAACGGGUACCACCAACACCAUCAUCGCCAGACAGCAGCAGUGGCGAGACAAAGCGAUCAUCGAGCAGCAGCAACAGUGUUGUUCUAAACGGAGACAGUCCAAACGGUGUGACUCUCCAAAGGCAAUUUUCAAACAAGAAAGAAAGUGUGCGCGAUCGUGUGCUCCAGUGUGUAUGUGUGUAUAUGUGUGUGUGUGUGUGCAUCGGGAACAAACACCGUCCGCGUAUCGAUCGGGGUUGUGUGUUGUCGCGGCGCGUAAAGUUCUUUGUUUAUCCGCGGUUCCAAACAGAGGCGCGUGUCGGUGGACACGUACACCCUCUUUUGCUUCUUAAAGCCGCAAGUUUUGUGUUGCCAUUUUAAUAUUAAUCGGUGAAUCGGUGUAGUGAGCUAAGCUAAGUUGUCCAAGCAUGCAAUCUCAAGCAAACGGUGCCGAUCAGGAGGAACAAAGCAGUGCUGUCCACCGGACCACCGGUGGCUGCUCGUCGACACAUGAGUUCCGCUUCGAUCUUCCGUCCCGUUUCCCGCACGCACACCUGGUACCGAUCGGGAUCGGUGUCCAGGGUGCCGUAUGCAGUGCGGUGGACCUGAAAACGGGGCGCCAGUUAGCAAUAAAGAAACUGUCGCAACCAUUCCAAGAUGUCACAUUCGCGAAGCGAUCGUACCGGGAGCUGAAGCUGAUGCGAUUAGUCGAUCAUCCUAAUAUUAUUAAGCUCCAGUACGCUUACACACCCCAGCAGACGCUGGAAACGUUCCGGGACGUGUACAUCUUCACCGAGCUGAUGGACAACAACCUGCGGAACGUGAUCGGCACCAAGCUCGACCACGAGCGCAUCUCCUUUCUCGUGUAUCAGAUGCUGUGCGGCAUCAAGUACCUGCACGCGGCCGGCAUAAUCCACCGCGACCUCAAACCCUCGAACAUAGUCGUGUGUAAGAACUGUAGCCUUAAGAUACUGGACUUUGGGCUGGCGCGCAGCAUCGACACCAGCUUCACGAUGACGCAGUACGUCGUGACGCGCCACUACCGGGCACCCGAGAUCAUCCUCAACAUGGAGUACGACACGAAGGUAGACAUCUGGUCGAUCGGCUGCAUUAUGGCGGAGUUGAUUACGGGCCGGGUGCUGUUCCCCGGUACCGAUCACGUCGACCAGUGGAUGCGCAUCGUACAAACGCUCGGUACACCGAAGCCUGAGUUUAUCGCCCGCACCACACCCGGCACCCAGCGAUACAUCAGCAAUCAACCGACCGUGCCGGGACGCCCGUUUGCGGAGCUCUUCCCGGACGAAGUGUUCGAUGCGGGAACUUCGAGCAAUCAUCCCCAGCUAACGAACGAUUCGGCCCGGGACUUUCUGCGCCGGAUGCUUGCGUUCGAUCCGAGGGAGCGGAUUUCGGUGGACGAAGCGCUGAACCAUCCGUACAUUCACGUGUGGUACUACGAGGAGGAUGUGAACCGGCCACCGCCCCAACCGUACGAUCAUUCGAUCGACGCGCAGGUGUUGACGGUGGAACAGUGGAAGAAGCUGCUGUUCGCGGAGAUACAGGACAUUCAGCGGACGAUGUCACUGGACGAUGGGGAAGGGUGAGGGGGGCGGAAAGGCGGGUACGAUCGCACAAGGCCAUUAGUUUCCUUUUUGAGGCUGUUAUUUGUUAGAGACACUAGGAUCUUAUUAGGUGAACGUAUACCUAAGGCGAGGCAUUUACUUAUUACAAUUGUUGUUAGUCGAAUCGGAACUAAACCUACGUUCUCAGUUGAUCGGUGGCGUAAAGUCGGCUGUAGCUGUACUAAGAACACUGUUGUUUUAUUAAAUAAAGUUUUAGAAAUAUU